AUGUUUUUUUUUUCUAUUAAUCGUCAUGAUUCUCUUGCUCUUCUUUUUCUUUUUCUUCUCUUCGUCCUUCUUCUUCUUCUUCUUCUUCUUCUUCUUCAUAUUUUUGUCGUUAUCUUUCUUUCUUUCUUUCUUUCUUUCUUUCUCUUCACCCCUUCAACUUCUUUAUGUCUUCCUCUUCUCUCUCUGUCUUCUAUUGAUCCUUCUCUUAUCUUCUGCUAUUUCUCCUCCUCCACCUUCUUCUUCUUCUUCUUCUUCUUCUUAUUAUUAUUAUUAUUAUUAUUAUUAAUAAUUCGCCUAGUCAUUGUUCCUCUCUUUCUUUUUCCUCUUGUUCGUCUUCUUUCUUCUUCUUUUUCUUUCUUUCUUUCUUUCUUCUUCUUCUUCCUAUUAUUCUUCUUCCUAUUAUUCUUCUUCCUCUUUCGUUCAUCUUCAUUCAGAUCUUUUUCUUCUUUUCCUUUCUUUGUUUCUUUCUUCUCCUUCUUCUUCUUCUUACGUUUUUUCUUUUUUCUUUCCUUCUUUUUUUCACUCCUUGCUUCAUUCUUCUUCUUCUUUUUCUUCUUCUUUAUUCCAUUCUUCUUCUUCUUCUUCUUCUUCGCGUUUCUAUGA